CCGAAAAACCACCACCACCAAACGGGUCGCUAGGCACAGCAAUACCCGGAGAGCCUACUCAGUACUCACAUGACACCGAACCACCACCCAGUUGUUCAACGGUAAUGAGGUACUUGUUCAAACUUCGACCCUUAAUUUCAAACUCUGCCAAUGAUCUUCUCCACUUUCAUCUCUCAAAGUUGCAAUCUUUUUGCCUGCAAGUUCACUCCAAGUCAUCUAAGCUUCACAAUCCCAAGAAAACCGAAAACACCCACUCGAAAAACCAGUCAGAAACUAACAGUUUUGCUUCACUCUUUGAUGAAAUCACUGGGAUUUUAGGAACUGAGGAAACCCAUUUGGGAUACUCUGAGAUAAAGGAAGAACAUUCAUAUAGCGUGCCAGGUGUUUGUGGAAAAGCCACUGAAGGUAUGGACAUGGAAAAGGAAAAUACACUGGUUCUGGGAGAUACCCAGUUGGGAAAUUUGGGUGAUCUUGUUGUUAGUCCGUUAGUUCAUAAGGUAACACAGAUAGUACGGGGCGAAAAUGGUGGUGUUCCUCUGGAGGAGCAGUUGGGAAAUGCUGGUUUUGAGAUUGAUGAGGAAGUUGUGGAGAAAGUAUUGAAGAGGUGCUUCAAAGUCCCGUGUUUAGCUCGAAGGUUUUUCAAUUGGGUCAAGACGAAAAAUGGGUUUCGUCAUACGACUAGAACAUACAAUACGAUGAUUUACAUUGCUGGAGAAGCAAAGGAGUUUAGGCUGGUCGAAGAGUUGGUGGAGGAGAUGGAGAGGAACUCAUGUCCGAAGGAUUGUAAGACGUGGACCAUUCUCAUCUUACACUAUGGAAAUGCAAAGAUGAUUGGAAAGACAUUGUGGAUUUAUGAGAAGAUGAGGGAAACCAAUCUUGAGCCUGAUGCGGUGGUGUACAAACACAUGUUGCGUGUGCUUUGUAAUGCCGGAAAAGCUGAAAUUGCGUUGGAAUUUUACAAAGAGAUGGUACGUAAGGAGAUAGAUCUGAAUGUUGGUUUGUAUAAACUGCUAUUAAAGAGCUUAGCCCGGUCUGGAGACAUUGCUGCAGCUUAUGUGGUCGCAGAAGACAUGACAAAAAAUUGUGAGAUUCCUGAACACCAAGCAUAUGCAUGCCUGCUAAAGAGUUUUUGCAUUGCAGGGAGAAUAAGAGAAGCCUUAGAAUUGAUUCGUGACUUGAAGCAUAAAAAUAUGACCCUCGAUGCUGAAAUUUUUGAGACCUUGGUGAAAGGACUAUGUAGGGCUAAUAUGACUACGGAUGCUCUGGAAAUUGUUGAUAUCAUGAAGAGUAGAGAUUCUGUUGAUGGGACGAUUUACGGUCUCAUUAUAAAUGGGUUUUUGAGAAGAAAUGAUUUUUCUAAGGCAUUUGAUCUGUUUCAAAGCAUGAAAGAUUCUGGCCAUACACCUACUACUUCCACCUACACUGAGUUGAUGCAACACCUCUUCAGAAUGAAUGAGUUUGAAAAGGCUGAUGAGAUAUAUCAUGAAAUGCUGGAAAAAGGAGUUCCAUUAGAUAUUGUGGCAGUAACUGCUAUCGUUGCUGGUCAUAUUCGCCAAAACCGUAUAUCCGAAGCAUGGGAAGUGCUCAAGAGUAUGGAGGAGAAUGGAAUUAGGGCUAAUCAGAAAUCUUAUACUGUAUUCGUCAAAGAGCUCUGUAAAGUUUCGCAAACUGAGGAAAUUGUCAAGGUUUUAAACAAAAUGCAGGAUUCUAACAUCAUCAUUCCAAAUGAUAUAUCCCAUUUGGUUAGACCUUAUUUGGAGAAAAAAGGAGAAAUGGAGAAGCUAGAGAAAGUAAAGCAGAGGCAAGGAGCUUCUAAACUUCAUCUUCAAGAAGGUAAGACAUAUAGUAUUGGUAUUAUUGGUAACCGGAGUAAGAGUUUGAACUCCGACCAAAUAGAAGAAAGGAAGAAAGAUCCUCACUUGCUCAAGUCAUUUCCGAGUUCUUAUAGUGACCAUGAUAUUCAAAGAAUUCGUCAAAUUUUUUCAUCCUCGGAAAAUUGGUGUUCAAUUCAGGAAGCUUUGAAAAAAUGCGACAUAAAGUACACCCCUGAACUUGUUUCGGAAAUCUUACACAACUGUGGGCCGUACAGUCAUGUUGCAUUACAUUUUUUCUCAUGGGUAGGAAAGCAAGCUGGUUAUAACCACACAACGGAUACUUACAACAUGGCCAUCAAAAUCUCAGGGCGAUCAAAGGAUUUCAAGCACAUGAGAAGCCUCUUUCACGAAAUGAGAAGAAUAGGUUGCACCAUAACCUCAGAUACAUGGACGAUCAUGCUAAUGCAAUAUGGUCGCGCAGGUCUGACAGAUAUUGCUCUAAAAAAUUUCAGGGAGAUGAAAGCCAGUGGUUGUAAACCGAACGGUAGUACAUACAAGUAUUUGGUUGUAUCUCUUUGUGAGGGAAAAGGUAGGAAGGUCGAGGAAGCCAUCGCUGCAUUCCAUGAGAUGAUACGCUUGGGAUUUAGUCCCGAUAAAGGAUUGAUAGAAAUUUACCUUCAUUGCUUAUGUGGUGUUGGGAAGUUAUUGGAUGCAAGAAGGUGUCUUGAAUUGCUUAAAAAAGCUGGUUUCACUUCUCCACUUACUUAUUCCAUGUACGUUAGGGCACUUUGUCGGUCACAGAGGUUAGAGGAAGCUUUGGCAUUGGUUGAUGAAGUUGGUUCGGACCAAAAUACCCUCGCUCAGUAUACUUACGGAAGUCUUGUUCAUGGACUGCUACGAAUGGAACGAUCGGAAGAUGCAUUGGCUAAGGUGGAAUCCAUGAGGCAGAUUGGCAUCAAUCCUACAGUCCAUGUGUAUACAUCCUUGAUAGUUCAUUUCUUCAAGGAGAAACGGAUAGAUAAAGCUGUAGAGAUUUUUGAGAAAAUGAAAGAGGAGGGUUGUGAACCUACAAUUGUUACUUAUUCAGCACUGAUACGCGGGUACAUGAACUGCGGAAAGCUUGUUGACGCAUGGAAUGUCUUUCGCGAUAUAAAGCUGAACGGUCCAUUCCCAGAUUUUAGAACUUAUUCGAUGUUCAUUAGUUGCCUGUGUAAAGUAGGCAAGUCUGAAGAAGCUCUGCAACUUAUUUCUGAAAUGUUGGACAGAGGGAUUGUUCCGAGUGCCAUUAAUUUUCGAACAGUCUUUUUCGGGCUAAAUAGGGAAGGCAAACGGAAUAUUGCUCAUACAGUAUUACAGAAAAAAUGGGAUCUUUCGAAAAGAAGGAAGUUCUCAAUGUAAAUUAUGUCCUCAAUCUUCUCGUAUUUGCGUAUUCAAUUUUCUCAUAAACAUCAUGAGUUUGUUUGCGUUUUUAUCUUCUUUUCGGUUGUUCUUGCCUUUAAUGAUAGUUGAUUAUGUUUGUCCAA